AUGGCAUCCCACGACGGCGCGCACCCAGCGCAAAAGCUCAAAGCCACCGCCGACACGGUCCUCUCCGCCUUCCAUCACGAAGAUCAAUCCGAGGCGCACCGCAUCUUCCGUUCUCACCCUGGUCACUCCGGUCGUCGCACCUCCAAAGUCUCCACCACCGACCUCGAAUCCUUCAAGUCCUCGCUCGAUCAUGACAAGAUUGGCGAAAAGUUCCCCGCCAUCGAACACCCCGGAUCGACCGGUGUCAUCUACGUCACCGACCGUGCCACGAGCAACGGCUUCUACUAUGGCAAUCCCGAAUGGGCCAACAUGGGCCAGGGAGCGCCGGAGGUGGGCAACAUCGAGGGCGGAGUCCCACGAACGCUGCAGUUCGAUCUGAGCGAGUUCGGCGAGGGCGUACACGAGUAUGCGCCCAACACAGGCACCAUGGCGCUCCGAAAAGCCGUGGCCAACUACUACAACGUGACCUUCCGCCAAAACAAGAGCAACAAGUUCGACUACAGCAACGUGUGCAUCGUCCCCGGUGGACGAGCGGGUAUGACGCGACUGGCUGCCGUCAUCGGGUCCGUCAACUGCGGCUACCAGCUCCCAGAAUAUACUUCUUACGAGAGCAUGCUCAGUGCGUUCAAGAGUCUCGUCCCCAUCCCAACGGUCCUCUCCGCAGAGGACCGAUACAAGCUCAGCACGGAUGACCUGCGCAAGGAGAUCAAAGGUCGCGGUCUGAGCGCCAUGAUCAUGUCCAACCCGCGCAACCCUACGGGCAUGCUCAUCGAGGGCGAAGAGCUCAAGGCUUUGGUCGAGACGUCCAAGGAGCUGGGGUGUACGAUUCUGCUCGACGAGUUCUACUCGUGGUACAUGCACGAAGGUCCUUCGGGUCGGGCAAAUUCCGCGGCGGAGCAUAUCGACGAUAUCAACGACACGCCGGUGGUGAUGAUCGAUGGACUCACCAAGGGGUUCCGUCUACCCGGCUGGCGCGUGUGUUGGGUUGUUGGGCCUAAGGACAUCAUCACUGCUCUCAACCAAUCGGGAUCCUUCCUCGACGGCGGCACCUCCCACCCGAUGCAGUGUAUGGCGUUGCAGAUGCUCGACAUCGACCGAUGCAACCAGGAUCGCAUCGCCUUGCAAAAGCUUUUCAGGCACAAACGCCAACACGUCCUCUCCCGACUCGCCAAGAUGGGCCUCAAAGUGCACAUCGAACCCCAAGCAACCUUUUACAUCUGGCUCGACCUCAGCCCUCUCGCCCCCUCCCCGCUCGCUUCCGGGCUCGUCAUGUUCGAAGAGCUGCUGAGGGAGAAGACCAUCGUAGUCCCCGGUAUUGCGUUCGAUAUCAACCCCGCGCACAGGAGGAACAUCGUCCAGAGCCCGUGUGAGAAGUUCAUUCGCAUCUCGUACGGGCCCGAGAUGUCGCAGAUCGAUCGAGGAUUGGAUGCGCUCGAGAGGGUGAUCGCAAAGGCGCACCCGGACCACUCGGAGUAUGGAAAGGUCGGCAAAGGGUUCGCGCCCACCAAGACGGCGCAUGCGGAUGUCAAGCACGAUUAG